CCCAGGGCUCCGGGACGCUCAGCAGCUUCCCCGGUGCGCGCUCCCCGUGCGCUCCCCGUGCGCCCCCGGUGCGCCCCCGGUGCGCCCCGGCUCAGCCCCCGGCGCCCCCCUCCCGGUGCCCCCCCCGGUACCCCCCCGGUGCCGCCCGCACCAUGCCCGAGCAGAUCAGCGUGGCCGAGUUCCUGGCCGUGACCGGCGAGGACCUGAGCUCCCCGGCUGCCACCGCCUUCGCCUCCAAGAUGCAGAAGUGCCGGGGGGCGGUGGGGGCUCUGGAGGAGAGCCUGGACGGGGACCAAGCCGUGCUCCAGAGAAUAAGGAAAUAUGUGAAAGCCAUUCACGUCUCCGGGCUCACCCACGUGGAUAACGAGGAGCAGUACAGCGAGGCCCUGGAGAAUUUCGGCAACAACCACCUCUCCCAGAACAACCACGAGCUCUCCACCGGCUUCCUCAACCUGGCCGUCUUCACCCGCGAGGUCACCGCGCUCUUCAAGAACCUGGUGCAGAACCUGAACAACAUCGUCUCCUUCCCCCUGGACAGCCUGCUGAAGGGGCAGCUGAAGGACGGCCGCCUGGACUCCAAGAAGCAGAUCGAAAAGGCCUGGAAGGAUUACGAGACCAAAGUGGGGAAGAUGGAGAAGGAGAAGGAGCGCGCGCGCCUGGCGGGGGUCAUCCAGGCGGAACCGUCGGCGGCGGAGCUGGCCGAGGACAUGCAGAAGGAGCGGCGCCUCUUCCAGCUCCACAUGUGCGAGUACCUGCUGAAAGCCAGCGAGAGUCAGAUGAAGCAAGGGCCGGAUUUCCUGCAGAGCCUCAUCAAGUUUUUCCAUGCCCAGCACAAUUUCUUCCAAGACGGCUGGAAGGCUGCCCAGAACCUCUACCCCUUCAUCGAGAAGCUGGCCGUGUCCCUCCACGCGCUCCACCAGGCGCAGGAGGAGGAGGUGAAGCAGCUGGCGCAGACCCGCGAUUCCCUCCGCAGCAUCCUGCAGCUGGACACCAAGGAGGAAAACCUGAGCAGGAAGAACUCCGGCAGCGGCUACAGCAUCCACCAGCACCAAGGGAACAAGCAGUACGGGACGGAGAAGUCGGGGUUCCUGUACAAGAAGAGCGAUGGGAUCCGCAAAGUGUGGCAGAAGAGGAAGUGUGGGGUGAAGUACGGCUGCCUGACCAUCUCCCACAGCACGAUAAACCGCCCCCCCGUCAAGCUGAACCUGCUGACGUGCCAGGUGCGGCCCCACGCCGAGGAGAAGAAAUGCUUCGACCUGGUGACGCACAACAGGACGUACCACUUCCAAGCCGAGGACGAGCAGGAGUGCGUGGUGUGGGUUUCGGUGCUGCAGAACAGCAAGGACGAAGCCCUGAGCAACGCCUUCAAGGGCGAGCCCAACGGCGGCGCAGCCUCGGCGGGCGGCGCGGCGGACGGCGGCGUGCAGGAGCUCACCAAGCUGGUGAUCAGCGAGGUGAAGAACAUGCCAGGCAACAAGCAGUGCUGCGACUGCGGGGCCCCGGACCCCACGUGGCUCUCCACCAACCUGGGCAUCCUGACGUGCAUCGAGUGCUCCGGCAUCCACCGGGAGCUGGGCGUGCAUUAUUCCCGCAUCCAGUCCCUCACCCUGGAUGUCCUCAGCACCUCCGAGCUGCUGCUGGCCGUCAGCGUGGGGAACACCCGCUUCAACGAGAUCAUGGAGGCCACGCUGCCCACGCAGGACUGCCCUAAACCCUCGGCCAGCAGCGAUAUGAGCGCACGCAAGGAGUACAUCGUGGCCAAGUACAUGGAGCGGCGCUACGUGCAGCGGGGGGGCCGCGACGAGCCCCACCGCCUCUGGGACGCCAUCCGCACCCGCGACCUCCUGGCGCUGCUGCAGGCAUUCGCCGAAGGGCACGAUCUGGCCAAGCCCCUGGUGACCCCCGAGGGCCAGGACGCGGGCGAGCUGGCGCUGCACGUGGCCGUGCGCUACGCCGACAGAUCGUCCCUGCCGCUGGUGGACUUCAUCAUCCAAAACGGGGGGACGCUGGACCGGGCGACGCAGGACGGGAACACGGCUCUGCACUACGGCGCGCUCUACAACCAGCCCAACUGCCUCAAGCUGCUCCUGAAGGGCAAAGCGGCGUUCACCGCGGUGAACGCGGCCGGAGAGACGGCGCUGGACGUGGCCAGGAGGCUGAAGCACAGCGAGUGCGAGGAGCUGCUGGAGCAGGCGCAGGCGGGGAAGCUCUCGCUGCAGGUCCACGUGGAUUACGACUGGGAGCCCCCCCAGGAGUACACCUACGACAGCGAGGACGAGCUGGAGGAGAAGGUGAGCCCCCUCCAGCGCUCCUUCAAGGGCUCCUCGCCGCUGGCCGCCAGCCCCCCCCCCGCCGCCGCCCCCGCCUGCCCCCAGGGCCGCUGGAGCUGCAUGGGGAUGGACAUCACCAACAAGACCUACGAGACCAUCCUGGUGCCCUCGCGUCCCACCCCCCGCCGGGCGCACAGCGAGGAGAUGCCCCCCCCGCUGCCCCUCAAAAACCCCACGCGGGGCGGCCCCCGCCCCAAACCCGGCCCCAGCCCCACAGAGCGCCCCGAGCUCCACCGGCAGGCGUCGGAGCCGCACUUCUCGGGGCUGGCGGAGGCCCCCCCCGGGCAACGCAGCCUCUCCUCUUCCUCCUCCUCUUCCUCCUCCAUGGGGGCUCUGGAUGGGGCGGCCGCGUCCCCCCCCGGCACCCGCAGCCCCCCCGAGGCACGGCGGGCGGCGUACUGGGAGACCCGCUCGGAAACGGAGAGCGGGGCCGCGCGGAGGGGGCCGGAGCUGAGUCCCCCCCCCGUGCAGCCCCCGCCGGGAGGCCUGGCCCCCGAUGUCACCCCCGUCAAGUUCGGCUCGGAGAGCACCCGCUCGUACCGGCGCAUCAGCGGGGUGGCCACCAAAGCCGGCUCAGCCGCCCCCCCCCAGAGCCCCGAGGACCCCACUCCCAGCAAGGUGCCCCCCGUGCCCAUGCCCCGGCGCUUCGCUCCGGCCAAGGGGAGGCAGAAGCGGGUGAAGGCGGUGGCUGACUGCAAGGGGGACAAGGCGCGGGAGCUGACCUUCUCCAAGGGCGAGGUGAUCGUGGUGACGCGGGAGGAGGAUGAGCAGAGCUGGGUCGGCUUCAUCGAGGGCGACGGCUCCCGCACCGGUGUCUUCCCCGCCAGCUUCGUCCACCUCUUGCAAGACUGACUGGGUCCCCCCCCCGCUGCCCGUUUUGUCCCCGUCCCCUGGGGGCUGGGGGCGCACGGGGCGGGCUGGGAGCUGGAGCCGGACCCCCCCCUGGCCCCUCCCUGCCCUCGCCCCUUUCCACGGGGCCCCGGGUGCUGCAGCCCCUGGUAUGGGGCCGUGUGGCUGCUGCCCUCCCAGGGGACGUGGGGACCCCCAGGUUGGGACCCUCACCCCCUGGGUGGUGGCUUUGGGGAGCCCAAGGGCUGCCACCCCCCACCCGCUGCCAUCACCUGCACCCUGCGGGGAGGUUUUGGUGCCCCGUCCCCGUCCUUUUGUGGGCUCUGCCCAUCCCGGGGGCUUUCUCCUCCCCUGUCAGCAGGGAUUUGGGGCUGGGGGGGGCGCGCUGGGUGCCCCCCACCCUCCUCUGCUGGGUGGGCGCAGAGCCCCUGUGCCCGUUCUCCAGGGGGGGGCUGCGAUGCACCACCUGGUUUUCUCCUCUACCACAACUGUGAAGCAUUGGGGAUUGGUAGGGAACAAAAAAAGGGCUUUUUAUUCAUCAUUUUGGGGGGUUUGGAGGGUCUGCGGCCACAUCCUGCCCCCCUUCCCCGGGCUCUGAGAGCCCCCCCAGGGCAGCGGGGCUUGGAAAUGCCUCAAAACUCCCCCAGCCUGGGACCACAGCUCCUUGGGUGCCUGGGGUCGGUGCGGGCAGCACCGUGGAGCCGUGUCCCCGUGUCCCCAUGUCCCUCACUGGGCGGGUGCUGGUCACCGCCCGGCCCUGGGGGGGGCUCCUGGGGCCAUCCUGCAGCCCCCUUUUGGGACCAACGCUGCCCCGUGUCGGCGUCCCUCAGGAGCCGCCGGCCCCUGUGGGUUAUCCUCGUCCGCGUCUCAGCCAGUGGCCUGGUGUGUUUGUUUUUAAUGUUCUCCCUUUCCAAUUUCUAAUAAAACCACCCGUUUUUGUAA